CAGCCCGCACUUCCGCCCUUCCGCCGGGGCCUCAGUGCCGGGGCGAGCAGGGGGCACUGAGCGUAGCCCCGGCUCCGCCCCGCCCCUCGGCCCGUGCAGGGAGGCUCGGGGGGAAAACUGGGUGUGAGACGUGUUAGCGACUCGCGUUGUGCUUUUCCUCGGGAAGAAAGCGAGGCGGAAGGAUCACUAGAGGGCACUAGGCACCGGCGGGAGCCGCGGGGAGAGCCGGGCUGCCGAGAGGCAGCGAGCGCGGCGGGAGCACCUGGAAGGCUCGUGGUUCCCCGGCCGAGCGCUGAGGUGAUGCUGUGAGAACAUGAGUAGUGUGAAGGGACUUUUGGCUGCCUCUGUGAUUUCCAUCCAGAAUUCCUGCUUCAUCUAUCCUGCCUGUCAAAACUGCUUAUCUAGGCUGAUGCUGGAUUCUAGGAGGUUUAAUUGUCUAAAAUGUGGCUGCACAGGUGAAGCUAAAGAUGCAAGCUACAGAUAUAGAUUGUCCCUAAAGAUUGCUGACACUAGUGAUUUGUUUGACAUCACUGUUUUUGGAAGUUGCUUAGAUCCAUUCUUUGGAGUCACCGCAGAAAAUCUGCAGAGGUAUAUUCAAGACUUCAGUCAGCUGUCGGGAGAAACAAAUGCAGAGGCACCUACAGGAUUAUUAGUUCAAGCAGUGGAAACCUGUUUCAUUGGAAAAAGAUUUAUAUUUGGAUUGAAGGGUUGUGCAAGGGAAGAUGGAGGGUGUUCUGCUGCCAGCAGCAUCUUGCAAAACUGUUCCAGAACUAAUAGAAGUACGAAAAACCUUACAGCUUGCCAGAUCUUCCUGCCAAAUGCUGCUGUUACUGGCUUUACUGUUAUCAGCUACUUAGAUCAUCUCUUGCAGUCGGCAAAACUCAGGAGUGGUAAUAACACCUCAUAUUUACCUGAUGCAUCAUCAGCUCCAAUGGAUGAACCUCUCAGUGAGCUCAGCAGCUUGUCUAGCCUGAACAGAAACUCCUGUUUUGUUCAGUCUAGUAGCAGAGAAAGUUUUUUAGGGUCCUGGCAACAAUCCUUCAGCCUGACUUCAUCUGUUGCUUGGGUAACAGCGGAAGACUUUCCCACUCUGGAAGUGGGAAAGCUGGUGAGUGAACAGCAUGAAGAAGAGGCGAGGACCGUCUCUGCAGAAUUGUGCAGUGUAAGCCUCAGCAAUCAAACUCCUUGGGAUUCACAGUUUUGCAGCUCUUCCGUGAAGGAAGGAGAUAAAGAGAAGGAUAAUGAAUUAAGUUCUCAGCUUAGUUGGAUUGACAGUAUCUCUGUAACUGGUAAAUUGGAGAGAGUACCCUCUCCAAGGAGUGAAUGUUCACAAGGAAACUGUUCCAGGUUGUUACAACAUCCCUUGGAAUCUGAGGUAAAACACAUUUGCCUGAAGACUAAUAGAAAUUGUUACCCAGAAAAAUUCCACAACUCCUUUGUUUACAAGAAAGGUGCCUCAGCUCCUCAUCAUGUAACUGUAGCUGGAGUGUCUCAGGUGGGCUCUAUGUUUUGGGAAGAGCUCCCGUUCUCGGAAAGCCUAAAUGAUUUGUUAGCCAGAAUAGAAGACAGCAAGGAUAUUGUAACAUCACCCAGCCUUGAUGCAGGCAGAUAUGCCCUUCUUGAACAUAGAAAGUUGAGUGUAAAUCUUAACAAAUCAUGUCCCAGGCAAACCCCAGUGGCUGGUGAUUUGCCAAGGAGCAUCUCGGGGAGGUUCUUGCCACCAGCAGAGAAUGAUAGUUGGGAUAGUUGGGAGAACACACUGUUGGCUUGUCUUCAGUCAAAUCCUCCAAGUGAUGAGGUGCCACAAUGUGAGUCUUCCUCUGGUAUAUUUUCUUCAACCAUUAAGGAAUGUGGAUCACCUUGCUUUAUAUCUAAUCCCCAUCUACCUCUUAUGUCACUGUCCUCACCAGUUACAUCAGAGCCUUCUGUUUUUGAGAGCAGAUGUGUGCAAUCCAAAGAAGCAGAUAGUGACACUGCAGAUUCAUCUUGGUCUUUUAUUAAUCUGCAUGGAGAAACCUCCUGUUUAAAAAGGAGCAAGGCAGCUACCUGUGUGCAUUCUGCACAUGAUAGCUCUUUAGCUGCUUGUGAAAAUAAAGAAAAUUAUUCUUCUACAGCAAGCCAAAAAACAGGUCUUACAUUCACAGGAGCCUGGGACUCUGAUCCAACAACUCCGCACAAUACAAGUAGGAUAUAUAAAAGAGAAUUAAAACCAUUGACAAUGCUGUCAGAUAAUACCUUCAAAAGUGUUAGAAGGCGGGAAGUGCAAUGGAACAGUGUCUUCCCUGAAGGCAGCUACAAUGCUUCUGCUGAUCUCUUUGAUGCAAGUGCAAGAGAGGUAUCAAAACCUGUAGAAUUUCUAAAUAAAUCAUGUAAUUCUUUAAUACAGGAAGAUACUUUGACAGAGAAGGUCACAGCUCCUGAAUUGGUGCUUUGUCCUGGAGCUGUUCCUUGUAACAGUUCAAAACUGAGCUCAUCCCUACACAGGUCCCCUCGUGCUUUUAGUAAGCACAGUACGCCCAUAGCUUGCUCCUUUCAUGACUCAGAAUGCAGUUCAGUUAGUGCUCAAGACUUUGUUCCUUAUUCACAGUCGACUCCUGUGACAAAACCUCUGCAGAAAGUGUGGCCAGGGGGGGAAAGAAGUUCUUUUGUCACCCUCUUCACCCCUAAAAAUCCCACUAAAGUGCAUUCCAAAUGCAAGCGAUCUAGGUCUUCCUUUCAAAACACUCUGCUGCAGCAGCUUACUGGCAAGUUAGUGAAACGUGGGAGGCCAAGUAGCAGGGAAGACAAAGAAAGUAGUAGCUCUGCUUCACAGCAGUUCCUUAACAGCCAACUGCCUGCCAACUUUGAGGAGUGGAUCCCUCCCUCUUCAAACAAAAGGCAUAAUCCAACUGUGCCUUUAAAUUUAAAAAGAAUGUGCCGGGCUACUGACUUGCAAUCCACCUGUGGGCACACUGGCAGGGACCCUGUUCCUGAAAGCAGAGAGAACAGUGAAGAUUAUGAAAAUCUUGCCCAAAAUGAGAGACUAAGCCCUGGGGACACAACUAGUAUUGUAAGAACUCCUUUAUCUGCAGGUGUCACCAAUGCCUUAUUUUUGAAAGAUACGGUCCUGGAAACUUUUUCCCCUUCAGAAUGCAAGAAUCGCCUUUCAAGUGGAAAUUAUUCAGGAGGUAUAUUGGAAAGGCCGACUGGCUGGUCUCCUGAGUUGUUCUUCCAAGCACGGACCCCUUUUUCCAAUAAGCCAAAAUACUAGAAAAAGGAUAUUUCAAUGCUGUGUUCUUUUUAAUUAUUUCUGUUAAACUUCUGGGAAGGAUCCAGCAGGAUAAAAGAGCUAUUUAAGAACUAAAUUGUUUAUACACCUAUUGGCAUAUGUCUUGCUAAGAUGAGUUGUGUUUGUUUGCAGAUGUUUGUACCACAGAAAUGGGGAAAAUCAAAGCUUGAAGUUACUUUAUUUUAUUGUAAAUUAACUCGAGGAUGUGCAAUAAAAACUUUUGUAAAUA